AUGAACGGCGCCAAUCCCACGGCCCGUUCCAAGCGCAAGGAGCCGCCGCAUGCCAUUGAUGGCCGGCAUCCGAAGCACCACCGUCCGAACGGAGACUUGUCCGCCAGCGACAACACCCCGAUCAGACCCGACGAGAUCGACGGCGACUACGAGGAAUACGACGAUGUGCGGUUGUCCACGCUCCUGCCGACUGGCCCGGACACGGCGGAGUGGCAGGCGACCAUCCAGAGCGUCGUUCGGAACGUCGUGUCAAUCCGCUUCUGCCAGACGGCCUCCUUCGACACCGACCCGGCCUUGACGAGCGAGGCGACAGGGUUCGUUGUCGACGCGGAGAGAGGGUACAUCUUGACGAACCGUCACGUCGUCGGCUCCGGCCCGUUCUGGGGCUACUGCAUCUUCGACAACCACGAGGAGGUGGACGCGUAUCCGGUCUACCGUGACCCGGUCCACGACUUUGGCAUCCUCAAGUUCGACCCCAAAGCCAUCAAAUACAUGCCCGUGGCUGCUCUGCCGCUACGCCCGGAUCUUGCCAAGGUCGGCGUCGAGAUCAGGGUGGUGGGCAACGACGCCGGCGAGAAGCUCAGCAUUCUCUCGGGUGUCAUCAGCAGACUGGAUCGCAACGCGCCGGAAUACGGCGACGGAUACAGCGACUUUAAUACGUGCUACUACCAGGCCAGCGCCGCAGCCAGUGGCGGCAGUUCCGGCAGUCCGGUCGUCAACAUUGACGGGUAUGCCGUCGCGCUGCAGGCUGGUGGGAGAGCCGACGGGGCUGCGACCGACUAUUUCCUGCCGCUGGACCGGCCGCUCCGGGCUCUGAAAUGCCUGCAAGAAGGGAAGCCGAUCACACGAGGCGAUAUCCAGUGCCAAUUCCUGCUCAAGCCGUUCGACGAGUGCCGGAGACUAGGCCUGACGCCGGAGUGGGAGGCGCAGGUGCGCAAAGCCUUCCCGAAGGAGACGAACAUGCUGGUUGCCGAGAUUGUGCUGCCCGACGGGCCCUCGCACAGGAAGAUCGAGGAGGGAGAUGUCUUGAUCAAAGUGAAUGACGAGCUGCUCACCCAGUUCAUCAGGCUGGACGACAUCCUCGACUCGAGCGUCGGCAAACCCGUCCGGCUCCUGCUUCUCCGCGGCGGGGAGGAGGUGGAGGUAGAGAUCGAGGUCGGCGACCUGCACAAGAUCACCCCCGACCGCUUUGUCUCGGUGGCCGGCGGUAGCUUCCACAGCCUCUCAUACCAGCAAGCGCGGUUGUACGGCGUUGCCUGCAAGGGCGUUUAUGUAUGUGAAGCGGGCGGCUCAUGGCGGUUUGACAACUCGGAUAACGGCUGGUUGAUCCAGACUGUCGACCACAAAAAGACGCCAGACCUCGAGACGUUUAUCGACGUGGUCAAGAACAUCCCGGACAAGGCCCGGGUUGUGGUCACGUACAAGCACCUGCGCGAUCUGCACACGCUAAACACGACUAUAAUCUAUGUGGACAGGCACUGGUCCAAGAUGAUGAAGCUGGCCGUCCGGAACGAUGAGACCGGGCUGUGGGACUUUAAGAACCUUGCCGAUCCGCUUCCUCCGGUGCCUCCCGUGCGCAGGAAGGCUGCCUUCAUCCAGCUCGAGCACACUUCCCAUCCAGCCGUUGCCGACCUGGUCCGGAGCUUUGUCCACGUCAGUUGCACGAUGCCCGUCAAGUUGGAUGGCUUCCCCAAGAACAGAAAGUGGGGAAUGGGGCUUGUCGUCGACGCCGAUAAGGGCCUCGUGGUGAUUUCGAGGGCCAUUGUCCCCUACGAUCUCUGUGAUAUUAACAUCACCAUUGCCGACUCCAUUGUUGUCGAGGGCAAGGUCGUGUUUCUCCACCCUCUGCAAAACUACGCCAUUAUCCAGUACGAUCCUAACCUCGUUGACGCCCCGGUCCUCAGCGCCAAGCUCAGCAGCGAGGAGAUCACCCAGGGCGCGUCGACCUACUUUAUCGGCUACAACCGCAUCGGACGCAUCGUCCAUGCCGCAACGACCGUUACCGAGAUCUUCGCCGUGACGAUACCCGCCAACCCCGGUGCGCCCAGAUACCGGGCCGUCAACGUGGACGCGAUCACGGUCGAUACGAGCCUGAGCAACCAGUGCGGCAGCGGUGUGCUCGUCGCCCGAGAUGGCACGGUCCAGGCGCUGUGGCUGACGUACCUCGGCGAACGGAACGGGUCUACCCACCGGGACGAAGAGUACCACCUCGGCCUUGCCACGCCGACCUUGAUUCCCGUGGUGAAGCAGAUUCAGCAGGGCGUCAUCCCGAAGCUGCGGAUGCUGUCGGUCGAGUUCCGCGCCAUCCAGAUGUCGCAGGCCCGGCUCAUGGGCGUGUCGGAGGAGUGGAUCCACCAGGUCUCGCUGGCCAACACGUCGCACCACCAGCUCUUCAUGGUGACCAAGCGCACGUUUGAGCGGAAGGAGCAGGAAGGCGGCGCGCUCCUCGAGGGCGACGUGCUGCUCACGUUGAACGGCAAGAUCAUCACCAAGAUCUCGGACCUCGACGUCAUGUACUCUAAUGACGAACUUGACGCGGUCAUCGUGCGCAACUGCCAGGAGCUGAGCCUCAAGCUGCCGACCGUCGCAGCCGACGACGUCGAGACGGACCACGCCGUCUCGUUCUGCGGCGCCAUCAUCCACCGGCCGCACCACGCCGUCCGCCAGCAGAUCAGCAAGCUGUUUAGCGAGGUCUAUGUCUCGGCGCGGACGCGCGGUUCGCCCGCGUACCAGUACGGGCUGGCGCCCACCAACUUCAUCACCCACGUCAAUGGCAAGCCGACGCCGGACUUGGAGUCGUUCUUGAAGGCGGUGGUUACCAUUCCGGACAAUACCUACUUCCGCCUCCGAGCAAUGACCUUCGACAGCAUGCCGUGGGUGGUCACGAUGAAGAAGAAUGAGCACUACUUCCCCACGAUGGAGCUCAUCAAGGACCCGAGCGAGGAGUGCGGCUGGCGGAGGGUGACGUACGAGGGCGGCAAGGUGAUUGAGGGCGAAGGGCCCGACGGCGUGGUCGGCCCCCCCGCCGAGACCGGCGACAUGGAUACCGAGGCUGGCGUGUAA